AUGUCUGCUCCCGUUGCCGCCGUUCCAGCAACCUGCUGCCGUCGUGAUGGUGGAUGCAUCUGUGCCAACGAGGCCAAGUGCUCCUGCGGCAAACAGUCUGCCCUCCACUGCAACUGUGAGAAAGCAGCAGUCGAGAACAAGAUCGAUGGCGCUCGCUGCUCAUGUAAUCAACGCCGUGCUGGAGAAUGCACCUGCUCGCGUGCCUCAGACGAGAACGCUGAGGUAACGGGCUCGAAGUGUGCUUGUGGCAAGCGUUCGGCUGACUCAUGUACCUGCUCUGGUACCGAGACCGGCGACUUCUCUGAGCUCGAGACCGACUUCACUAAGCGCUCAUGAUCGAUAUGGACGACGACUGUCUUGUUGUCGGUACGGAAAUCGAUUUGAGAGUCUAUGAAAGCCUAUCUGUAUGCAUAGCUGGGGAUGCUGGCGUUUGGUGAGGUUGCGAGGCAUUUGAAUGGUGGUGGCGCAGGAGUUGUGGAGAUAAUCUUGACGCAUUUCAGUUGUGUUGUGAAGUCAUCAAUGACAUUCGAAAACAUCAGCCAUUGGAGUAGUAAUGAUAACGACCGAAAUAUAUUAUUUUGCAGCUAUAGGUGCCGUGGCCUUGAAGCGUUGCCUCCAUGCCUCAAGUUCAAACUUCGAAUUCAUCAGCGACAUCAGGUCAGUCAUUGGAGCUCCUUACCCCGAGAUCUGGCGUUUUGACCGUUUCCUGUACUGGUGAUAGGCAGUCGCAUUUAUAAUAGAACUCCAUG